CGACUGCUAUUUUUAAACUGUGUACGACCGUAAGGCACAAGAAGUAUACCAACCGAACGGUAUCGCUCUAUAUAUCGCACUUAAGCACAUUCCCAUGCGCACUAGAAACCCAAGGGACGGCGGAAUGGAACAUAUGUCCCAUAACUUCCGCGUCCUCCAAUGUGAGCAGUAACACAAUAUGUAGAAAGCCAGCACAGCCUUCAGUCCAUCGAGCAGCACCAUCACACCUAGACCAACACGAUGAAGCUCUCCAGCCCCGUCGCGGUGCUGCUCCUCAGCAGCAUUCACGAUACCACCGCACAUUACGUCUUCUCCCGCAUCGCCCUCCUCAACCAACCCCCCUCGCCCCCCUACACCUACGUCCGCCCCAUCUACCCACCACCCGAUCCCCAACUCAACAACUCAACCUCCAGCCCGCAAUACUCCGUAUACUCCCCCCACAUCCGCUGCGGCUGGUUCGCGCACCUCUCGGGCUCCUACGUCAACUGGCCGCUAGACAUCAACGCGGGGGACACGGUCUCGGUGUCCACGACGCAGAGCAGCUCGCUCGGCGACGGGAAGGAUGAGGAGGACAUGGAUAUCUAUCAUCCGGGGCCGGCGACGGCGUAUUUGAGUUUUGUGGCUGAGGAACCCCGGGAGGACGGGGAGGAUACGACGGCAUUGCGGUUGGCGGAGCAGAAGCAGAGGGUGAAUGCGGGGGAUGGGUGGUGGUUUAAGAUUGGCGAGGUUGGGGCCAGGGAGGAUGGGAGGUGGGUGUUGAAUGGGAGGGAGGCGGAUGGGGAGAGGGUUUGGUCGCUCAACUUCACCAUACCCCCCUCCACACCACCGGGAUACUACCUCCUCCGCACCGAGCACCUCUACGGCUACAGCAGCUCCUUCAACUCGACUCAAUUCUACGUCAGCUGCGCACACCUGCGCAUCAAGGGUCCCGGGGGCGGAUCACCGGGCCCGUUGGUGAAAUUCCCCGGCGCGUACGACGCUUGGGAUAGAUCGAUUUGGUUCCCGUUCGGGUCGACGGGGUAUAAUGGGUACUAUGGGUUGAAGGAGCAUAGUUUGCCUGGGCCGCCGGUGUGGAAGGGGUAG